AUGCGGAGCCCGCGCCCUGCCCUGCUCCUGCUGCUACUCUUGCCGGCCCUUCUGCUCACGCCGCCCGCCGGGCACGCUGCUGUCAUCACUGGGGCCUGUGACAAGGAUCCCCAGUGUGGUGGAGGCAUGUGCUGUGCCGUUAGUAUCUGGGUUAAAAGCAUAAGGAUUUGCACACCCAUGGGCAAAGUGGGAGACAUCUGCCAUCCACUGACUCGUAAAGUUCCAUUUUUUGGGCGGAGAAUGCAUCACACUUGUCCUUGUCUGCCGGGAUUGGCAUGUCUACGGACUUCAUUUAGUAGAUUUAUUUGUUUACCUCGAAAGUAA